AAGACCGUUUUCUCUCGAGGUUGAUUCUCAAAGCAGGGACGAAAGUCGAUGUAUCACCAUCAUGAGCAUCAUUCCGGUCACGCCGAAUGUCCAGUCCACCAUUAUCUUAUUACCGGCUGACUUAAUCAACCCUCUUCUGUCAUCAGCUGAGUCUGUCAAAGAUAGGAUUUCUCUCGACAAGGCGCACACAAAACGCUAUUGUUGUUGUUGAAGACUUGACUGGCGAUGAUGACGAAUUUCGCAGCUUUGUUGCUGUUUCUUCUACCCUUAAACAUCUUUGAACACUCAGUUGGGAUGCCGAGAGGAAAGCUACGAUUGAAGCGACAGGCCCCACAAAGUUCUGCCUUAGCAGCUUUGAUGUCGUUCUCCGUCAAACUCUCCGACAUGGAGCGACAAAUAACAUCCUAUGAAAAGACAAUACAACGACAGAAAGCCGAGAUCGACCAACUGACAGCCAAGCUUGACUCCAAAGCUGAUCGAGUUCAAUUCAAAAGUUUGCAGACUUUACUGGACAGCAAGAUGGUGGCGCUUAAGGACGAGACUAAUACGAAGGACUUGCUAAUCGAGCGAUACCGGAAUAAACUCAGUCAGCUGGAUUCUGAGGUUACGGUAAGUGGUCUGAACCCUUCAUUUCUUUAUUAA